GUAAACACUUAUACCAUUUGUCUAAUUUUUAUUUUUAAAAUAUAAAUACUGGUGUGUCUAUAUUGUUUACUAUUAUCAGUUUUUGAAAUAUUGAUAAAAAUGUAGCAAUAGGAAUUUAUAUCACUCUAUUAAAAAAAAAGAUAGAAAAUUUCAAUACGACUAACAAAUUAAACUUCGAAGUUACUAUAACAAGUCCAGCAUCAGCUUUAAGAAAUGAUAAAUACUUUCCAAAAGAGCAUAAUAUUUGGAACAUUUUUUAUCUCUCUGUUUUGUGGAAGUUUAAUAUGUACAUCCUUAGUAACUAAUCAUUGGAUUGACUCUAAACCUUGGAGAAAAGCAAACCCCUCUCAAAGUUCUGGAAAAAUAAACUUCGGGCUUUUAUAUGGACGGAAAGAGUUAAAUGUCGCAUUCGGUCUGAGACCCUAUGAGAUAACAGUUGCUGACAUGAUUCAAAAGAAUGAAUCUCUGAUGUUCUGGAGCUUAUGGUUUGUCACACUAUUUUCUAUUUCUUUAUCUCUUGUAUGUUCUGGAUUAGCAGCUUUUUUAGCAGUUAUAAACUCAUUCAUCACACCAUCAUUCGCCAUUUUUUCUAUUACUGGUAUUUACUUUACAAAUAUAUCUUCAGUUCUUUUAUGUUCCAUUGGUAUGAUUGCUUGGACCAUUGAAUUUCGCAGUCAAUUAUAUACAAAUGUAUUACCUAAAGAAGAUUUAGAAAAUUAUUGGACUAGCGAAGGUGUAACCAAGUUAGGAUUUUCAUUUUGGCUAAUUGCAGUAUCAGCAGUACUACAUUUUUUCAACGUACUUUUGGUUAAAUGGAGUACAUUGCAGGAUCAAAAAAAUCAUCGGAAAUCGUUGAACUCAUCAACAAGAAAAAUAGCAGGUGCCAUAAUGUUAUAUUAACGUACUUGUGCAUUUAUAACAACUGAACUUAUGAAAAAAUAAUCUCUCUUGAAAUCUCAUGUAUAUAUUAUUGUAACUAUUCCUCUUGAACACUAUAGUACUUACUAAAUAUAUUUAUU